AUUUUGAAGUAGAGGGCACAGUGAUUCUGAGUUCAACGUAAUUCUGCUGGGGAGAGGAAAGAAAGGGUAGCUCCUCUUGUGCAGGUGUUUUUGAAUGGAAGGAUGCUCUUUUCCUGGUAGAAGAUGAUCACCCUGGAGAAUGACCAUGGAGAAGGGGAUGAGUUCUGGAGAAGGACUGCCUUCCAGAUCGCCUCAGGCGUCUGCUGCUAAAGGAACGGUCAAGGAAUCAGAAACAAGGCAGCCCUGUGAGGAGAAACGAGGGGGCUUUGUGCUGGUGCAUGCAGGUGCAGGUUAUCAUUCUGAAUCCAAAGCCAAGGAAUAUAAACAUGUAUGCAAACGAGCUUGUCAGAAGGCAAUUGAGAAGCUACAGGCUGGUGCUCUUGCGACAGAUGCAGUGACUGCUGCUCUGGUGGAACUUGAGGACUCUCCCUUUACAAAUGCAGGAAUGGGAUCUAAUCUGAAUCUCUUAGGAGAAAUUGAGUGUGAUGCCAGCAUAAUGGAUGGAAAAUCUUUAAAUUUUGGAGCAGUUGGAGCACUGAGUGGAAUCAAGAAUCCAGUCUCAGUUGCAAACAGACUCUUGUGUGAAGGGCAGAAGGGCAAGCUCUCUGCAGGCAGAAUUCCUCCCUGCUUUUUAGUUGGAGAAGGAGCCUACAGAUGGGCAGUGGAUCAUGGGAUACCCUCUUGCCCUCCUAGCAUCAUGACCACAAGAUUCAGCUUAGCUGCAUUUAAAAGGAACAAGAGGAAACUAGAACUGGCAGAAAGGGUGGAAACAGACUUCAUUCAGCUAAAGAAAAGACGACAAUCAAGUGCAAAGGAAAAUGACUCAGGCCCUUUGGACACAGUGGGUGCUGUGGUCGUCGAUCAUGAAGGGAAUGUGGCUGCUGCUGUCUCUAGUGGAGGCUUGGCCCUGAAACAUCCAGGGAGAGUUGGACAGGCUGCUCUUUAUGGAUGUGGCUGCUGGGCUGAAAAUACGGGAGCUCAUAACCCCUACUCCACAGCUGUGAGUACCUCAGGAUGUGGAGAGCAUCUUGUGCGCACCAUACUGGCUAGAGAAUGUUCACAUGCUUUACAAGCUGAAGAUGCUCACCAAGCUCUGUUGGAAACUAUGCAAAACAAGUUUAUCAGUUCACCUUUCCUUGCCAGUGAAGAUGGUGUGCUUGGUGGUGUGAUUGUUCUCCGGUCAUGCAGAUGUUCUUCAGAGUCAGACUCCUCCCCAAAUAAGCAGACACUUCUGGUGGAAUUUCUGUGGAGCCACACUACAGAGAGCAUGUGCGUGGGAUAUAUGUCAGCCCAGGAUGGAAAAGCUAAGACUCACAUUUCAAGACUCCCUCCUGGUGCUGUGGCAGGACAGUCAGUUGCAAUCGAAGGCGGAGUUUGCCGCCUGGAGAGCCCAGUGAACUGACUUCAGGCUGAAUAAGAAGUGUCUGAGAGGCAUUUCAAAACCUUAGCUUUGGGCUAUUUAAUUGAAAUGGGGUGUUUUAUCUUCUUUGUUUGUAAUUCCUAUUGUAACCUCGGGCACUGCUCUGGAUACAAAGUGCUGCUAUACUUAGUGCUGGUUGACACUCGAGUCUUUGAUGGGUGAGCAGGAGCAUGUGUGGGUGUGUAUCCAUGUGUGGUUUGUGUGCUUGUUCUCCCUGGUGGGCUAGGAUCUCCUCAAGUGUAACCUAUGACAGAGACUGAUCAAAUCUUUACAAAAAUGUGUGCUUUAACUGUUUACAAGUAAAGCCUAAAGUUGUAGAAAACUUUAAUUUCAUAAAAAGGUACCAACUAUGGUUGACAUAAUGUGUCUGAACUGAAGAGUGAAUCUGCUUAUUUAAAUGACUUGACCUUCCUUGCAAUCCAUUUAAUAACAGUAAUAAGUAGUAUGGUGUCAGUUUAAGUGGAUGGUGUAGUAACUUAAACUAUUGUUGUCAUCCCUCAUACAGGGCAUUUUUCCUUUAACAAAGAAUGGUUUCAGUGAAACAGUCUAGUGGAGAAAUAAGGUCAGAACCUUUAAAGUAAUAGUCUUAUUGAUAAAGUUUGUACUCCUUUCCUCAGCUAUUUGAAGCUUAAGUAUUGCAUAGCUUUGCGCCGUGUGUACUGUAUUAUGGAAGAGUAUAUAAAGAGAGUGUUCAGUGAUGCACAGUUUUAAUUUGUGUAUAAUGGAAUGUUAUUUACAAUGUAACACUGUAAAUAAGAAAGCAAAGUUUAUGGGAAAAUUCAAUAUUAUCUUUGUUUCUUGUUUAAAUAUAUUUUUAAGAUAAAGGUACAAAAAUAAAAGAAGCAUAUUGCUGGCUCUAGUGUGUGACUGGUUGUCACAGACUAAUCUUCUGAA